AUGAAGGCCAGCCCCUUCCUCAACAAAGCUCGGCAGGCCAUCGUGGAAGAGGCCAAGCUGGUGACGGACGAUGUUCGUGACAUUGCCGGCGGAGUUAGGGAGGGCAUGCAGCUCACCAAGCAGGAUCUGCAAGCGCAGAGCCAAAACUGGCGGAGUGCCAUCGGAGCUCGUUGGCGCAGUUUCGCUCAAAAAGACGAGCCCAAGGGCUAUCCUGAUGCCAAAGAGGCAGAUGCGUCCCCAGAAGCUUCGCCAGCAACCGGCUUCCAGGCAGUCCGGCAAAACAUUGCCUUGACUGCAGACGUCUCCAAAGACAUGUGGAGGGACGUACGGGAGCUCAAGCAGGAGGUGAUGAGUGAAGUUCGGCACAGCGUGCAUGACCUCCGACAAGUCAGCAAGCAGGUUUUCCGUGGCAACUCAGAUGCACAGGAGAGUGGGACCGCUCCAGAGACAGGCGAGCAGGACUCCAAGGAUGGCAAAGGGGGCUUGGACAAGGUGAAGACAGCCGUUUUCCGAAAAGCGGGAAACAUCCGGGAAGGUCUCAGAAGCCGGUUGCAGGAGGAUCCUAAAGCGGAGGCCUUCUGGACGCUGCCAUCUACAAGGGCCAAUUAUGCAGAGCUUUCUACCGCUCCAAGCUCCAACGAAGCCGUCAACCGCGUGCGAUCGUUGGGUGGAAAGCUGAAGGGGAGCCUUGCGCGAAAAGGCCGGGAAGUUUCGUCAGGCGUUGUGAGCAUCGCUCAAGGUGUCCGUCAAAAAGGGCAAUCCUUGAAGGAAACUGUUGGGCAGAGCGGUCAGGGUGUGCCUCCCAAAACUGACUCGGGCAGUGCCUUGGAUGAUGCCAACCUCGGAGAUUCCAUCUUUGCGAUUGGGUCCGACGAGGAAGAUGCCUGGUCAGAUGCCGAUGGCUUUUGGGAGGGUCAUUCGGAUGGCAACUCCUCAGAGACUCCUUCAACCCGCUCUAUGUCAGCUCAGGCUGCUGCGGGCAUCACGUCCGAGGCAGGCUCAGCGGAGGGCCCCGAGACCGAGCACAAGGAGCUCAAAGAGCCGAAGUAG